GGCCGCGCCGAUUAUUCGAAUACCGGUAUGAUUCGACAAGGAUUAACGCGAAGCCGAGGAGGAAUAGUGCCACUUCAGAUCCACUUUUCGGAGUUGCUGAAUUAUCCCUAUAGACUGUGUAGGAAUAUGGCCCAAUACAGAGUGGAAAGGGAUACCUUUGGGGACAUAUCAGUACCUGCAGACAAGUACUAUGGAGCAAUGACAGCUCGCUCUCUUGCCAAUUUUGACAUUGGUGGGGAGACAGAACGCAUGCCUAUUCCUAUCAUAAAAUCAUUUGGGAUAUUAAAACGUUGUGCAGCUGAAGUCAACACUGAAUUUGGUUUGGAUGUGGAUAAGGCCAACUUUAUCACCAAAGCUGCAGAUGAGGUGAUUGCUGGUACAUUGAAUGAUCACUUCCCUUUAGUGAUUUGGCAAACAGGGUCUGGUACACAGACUAAUAUGAAUGUAAAUGAAGUAAUUAGCAAUAGAGCUAUCAUGAUGAUGGGUGGAGAACUAGGAAGUAAAACUCCUAUUCAUCCUAACGAUGAUGUCAAUAAGAGCCAGAGUUCCAAUGAUACAUUCCCUACUGCCAUGCAUAUAGCGGUUGCAUUGGAGAUACAACAGAGGUUGAUGCCUGGUCUCUGUCUGUUCCGGGAUGCAUUAAGAAGCAAAGAGGAAGAAUUCAAAGAUAUUAUCAAGAUUGGCAGGACACAUACACAGGAUGCAACACCGAUGACAUUGGGUCAAGAAUUCAGUGGUUACAGAACACAGAUUGAGAAUGGUAUUCAGAGGGUUACUGCAACCCUACCAAGAUUGUAUGAAUUAGCAGCAGGGGGAACUGCAGUAGGUACUGGUUUGAAUACUAGGAUAGGAUUUGCUGAAAAGGUAGCAGCUAAAGUAGCUGAAUAUACAGGAUUACCCUUCACAACUGCUCCCAACAAGUUUGAAGCAUUAGCUGCACAUGAUGCCUUAGUUGCAGUACAUGGUGCUCUGAAUGUUACUGCCUGUAGCAUUAUGAAGAUCGCCAAUGACAUCCGAUUCUUGGGUUCAGGGCCAAGGUGUGGUCUCGGUGAGCUGGCCUUGCCUGAAAAUGAACCAGGAAGCAGCAUUAUGCCAGGGAAAGUAAACCCCACCCAGUGUGAGGCCAUCACCAUGGUAGCAGCUCAGGUCAUGGGUAACCAGACAGCAGUGACUGUCGGAGGAAGUAACGGCCAUUUUGAACUGAAUGUAUUCAAACCCAUGAUGGUUGCUAAUGUCUUGCAAUCUGUGAGGCUUCUUGGAGAUUCCUGUGUGUCAUUCACCAAGAACUGUGUGAAUGGUAUCCAAGCUAACAGCGAGAAAAUUGACAGAUAUCUGCAUGAAUCAUUGAUGUUGGUAACUGCUCUUAACCAGCACAUAGGCUAUGACAAAGCUGCCCAGAUAGCCAAGUAUGCUCACCGGGAAGGAACCACAUUGAAGAAAGCAGCUGUAUCUUUGGGUCAUCUCACAGAAGAGAAGUUUGAUGAGAUAGUACGUCCAGAACUCAUGCUAGGUCCUAAAUGAAUGUAAACAAUGCAUUGCUGGUGUCAAGCAUUUGUGUCUCAAAAUAUGUGGAUUUUUUUUUUGUUGUGAUAUUUUGCUUGCAUCUCAGCUAUAAAAAAAGCAAAGGCACUGUACUAUAUUGAAGAGAAUGAUACAAUGUAUAUUGUUGAUUACAGGGUUUGGGGGAGAUUGUUUAUUUUUGUCAGGAAAUGUAACAGACAUGUUAUGAUCAUCUUUGUUGCAGAUGUUGGUAGUUGUAUUUUUUGUUAUUGUGCAAAGUGUUGCCAGGUCCAAGAUGAAGAAAAUUGCAAAGGGCAUUCGAAAAAUCCACAAAUUGGACCUCACAAAAUUGGAAUUUUUAUUUUAUUUUUUAAAUCCCUAGUAUGGACUCUAAUUGGACUCUAAAUGCAUAUCUUCUGUUUGUAAUUUGAUUGCCUAACAACACAUAUUGACAUGUUUAUGGAUAUGAAACAAAGUCAAUGGCAUGUUAUUGUGUAUGUCACAUUAUAAGCAAUUGUUUCAUUCUUGAGAUCUGGCAGAAAAUUAGAAUGCUAUUAGAAUUGAUAAACCAUGAGCAAAACAUUUGGAUGCUUGAAAUGGCAAUGAUGGUAUCACUUAUUGCAACAUUGUGUAAAUUUUAUGUUUGAUAAGUUCUACAUAAAAGGGAGACAAAUAGAGGAAAUAUUGACUAAAUUGUAAUUUAAACAUUUUUGCUUUAAUCUUUGAUUUUUUUCAGUUGAAUAUUUUGUAAUGUAAUUGCAUACAUGUUUUGAUCAUUCAAAAAAUAUUUUGAAACAUAGUUGUUACCUCAACUCAGUGCAAUAAGACCAUCUUGAGUGACAUACUGUACCAGUAUUUUGUAAUUUUACUGACAAACAUCAAACAUGCCAUCAUGUUCUUAACUCUGAAGUAUUUGACGGGUACCUUGAUUGAAAUGUCCAAAUCUUAUAUCAUGACAUGAACAAUACCUUGUGCUGUUUACAAUGUCAUCGCAUUAUUAGUAAUUCAAUUCAUCAUCGCAAACUUUGCAUUUAUUGACCAGCAUUUAAUAUAAAUCAUAGGUAUUAAAUAAUUGUGAGAGUGAAAAUAUGGGUCCCCAUCCAUCUGCUUUUUAUACUCAGAUUUUCAUUUUUUGAUUUAGAAUGAGUUCACAUUGUGUGGAUGAUGGCUUGACUAUAUCACUAUAAUUACUGUUUUUGCAAGUUUUUGGUAAGGACACGUUUUCUGAAACCUAUCUUUUACAGUAAUUGGUUUCUGAUUUUUGUUUUUAUUCUUUGUUCACAGAUAUACUUCUAGAGUUAUACUUUCUGCUCCAGGAUUUACCACAAUGCUCAAAUAUUUCUCCCCUUCCCCCUCCUCAACCAUCCUUGCCAUUUCUCAUUCUAUCAAGCGCCAUUUCGCUAUUUCUUAUUGUUAUAUGCUCAUAUUUGCAGACAUGAUAGACGAGAUAUUCAGCUUUCAAAUGAUACCAAUGUCUUACAUUAUCUCUCCAUUCAACCAAGAUAUCAUAAGUUGAACCCAAUGAAAUUUGAAAGUGUAACUAAACCACCUUUGUAUGGGGCAAGUUCAAGACACAUGGCCACUGAUGAUUUAACAUGCGAGCAGUUUAUAGAAAGUUAUGCAUUACUAACAAACAGUAACGACGUCACUAACAAAUUAGCCACUAACACCAAGAGCAGAAUGAACAUACAGAAAGCACUGUUAGGCACAAGUGUUGUUAGUGGGUUUGAGCCUUAUAUUUAGGCAAAAUCUAUGACGUACUCUAUUGAUGAUGUGCGAAUUGAUAUGGGCAUUUCUCCCAUAGGCUCAAUGUGUUAUUCCCAUGAAACCGGGCUUGGAUUUGCAACAUUGAUUCUUACUUUGUGAUGACAUUGUGUUAAUUACUGAAUUCUGAUUAAUGUGCCCCCCCCCCUUUCCGGGCACCUUUUGGGAGAAACUAGAUGCGCCUCUGGGCUUGAGUACCCUUUUAAUUCUAUCUAGGUCUAUUUUUACCCUAUCUAGGCAGAGGGGGGGGCCUCGGAGGCCCCCCCCUCAAC